GAGGCGUUUUCCUAAAACAUGUCUUCCAAGUUGACCUUUAGAAAUGUCCUGAAACCAGAGAACGUUAUCACCGAGCUGCAUUGGUCUGAUAUUCGUUUCCCUACAUCACUGGAGGCCCAUGGCUCGGAUGCUAUGCACAAGGACCCCGACUAUUCUGCAGCAUACGUGACAAUACACGCAGGAGGGCUCUCAUUGGUGGGUCAUGGGCUAACCUUUACUGUUGGUCGUGGGAAUGAGAUCGUUUGUGCUGCAAUAAAAUCACUGGAGCCGCUAGUAGUUGGCAGAUCACUGGUUGAUAUAUUUACUGACUUUGCUUUGUUUUGGCACAGUCUGACGUGUGAGACACAACUCCGCUGGAUAGGACCAGAGAAAGGAGCAAUACAUCUAGCAGUAGCUGCAGUCAUUAAUGCACUGUGGGACCUCUGGGGUAAGAUAGAGUGUAAACCAGUCUGGGAGCUAUUAUCAGACAUGAGUCCCGAGGAGAUUAUAUCGCUAAUUGAUUGGCAGUAUCUCUCUGAUGCUAUUACAAAGGAUGAAGCACUAGCAAUACUACACAAGCAGUAUCCUUCACGUAGAGAGAGGAUUGAAAGCGUAAAGCAAACCGGUUACCCUGCUUACACUACAUCAGCUGGCUGGUUAGGCUACAGCAAUGAAAAGAUACAGGCACUCUGUCGAGAGGCUUUGGACGAUGGCUUCAAAAUGUUUAAAGUCAAAAUCGGUCAAGAUGUCAGUGACGAUAUUCGUCGUCUUAAAGUGAUACGAAAAGAAAUCGGUCCUGACACACCUCUAAUGUCGGACGCCAAUCAAAGAUGGGACGUCGAUGUAGCCAUUAGUCACAUGACGGCUCUAUCUGAGUUCAAUCUCCGCUGGAUAGAAGAGCCCACAUCUCCUGAUGAUAUACUGGGCCAUGCUAAGAUUGGCAGGGCAUUGCGUCCACUGGGCAUUGGUAUAGCUACUGGAGAGCAUUGUCACAAUCGUGUGAUGUUCAAGCAGUUUUUAGAAUCAGGAGCUAUGGACUACUGUCAGAUUGAUAGCUGUAGGUUAGGAGGCAUCAAUGAGAUCAUAUCCGUCCUCCUAUUAGCGGCAAAGUUUGGCAUCCCAGUCUGUCCUCAUGCAGGUGGAGUUGGCCUCUGUGAAUUCGUACAACAUCUCUCCAUAUUUGAUUAUGUAUGUGUGUCUGGUACAAUGGAAGGACGAGUCAUUGAGUAUGUAGAUCAUCUUCACGAGCAUUUCCUUGAUCCGGUUGUUAUUAAGGACGGAUGUUACAUGGUUCCUAGUCUCCCAGGAUACUCUGGAGAGAUGAAAGAAGAGUCCAGAGCGGCCUAUCUCUAUCCAACUGGCUCUGUAUGGAAGACAUUAUUAGAUAGCCAAUGAUAAAGGGGUAUGGACAUAUAUGUACAUGGACAUUAUGUACAUAACUGGUUUAUGAGAUGGAUUCUAUACAGGUUGCUGCUGUUUAUUUGCUGUUUAUCUUUUGAUAAUAAUUUUCUAAAAAAAUGUUUUCUUAAGUCCAUGA